GUUCACUUAUCAUGAUACCCCUCAAUUCUUCACUCCCCACUCCCCUCCCCUUGCUCCCCUGCUUUGCUUUUAUUUCUCUUGCGCAGCACCCUUUGCUUUCUUCGAAAUUUCUAUUGCUUCGCUCUCCGAAUCUCUGAAUUCUCAGUUUCUUAUGGCUUUUUCAUUGCGUCCUUCUUCUCUUCUGUAGUUUAAAGUCAUUCCCUUUUCUUCUAUAAUAGACAAAGAGAGAGGUGAGAAGCUCAACUGUACCAGUCCCAGCAAUAUUAAUGAAAAAUGAACUAAAGGAGAAGGAAGGACGGGCAAAUGUCGUGUUUACUGCCGCAGUUGAAGUGCCCGUCUGACAGAGCCCUAAUCCAUUUUAGGGCUCAUCACCAAACAGUCACCCACCUCCCCAAAAACAGAGGUCUUAUUUAUUCCCGGGCACGAUGUCUCUUCUCAACUAGAUCACUACCAACAGCAACAGCAACAACUACAGUGCUUCGUUUGGAGAAGCUUCAAUUACCUUCUUUAGAAGCCGAUUCAAAUUCAGUUGCCUCACCCAGACUCCUGACAUAUACAGGGCCAAUUUAUCUACCCACAGAGGAAAAUUUUCAACCAACUUUGGAUAGGGAAACUCUUCUUGCAAGUGAAGAUGCUGUAAUAGCUGCUGCUGCCAUUGAAGCUGUUGCUUUAGCAAAAGCAGCUGUGAAGGCUGCAAAAGAUGCAGCCCUGAUGAUCAGCAAUAACCAUCCUGCAAAAUCAGAAAAUAACCCUAGAACCUUUUCAUCUGAAACUGAUCCUUUCCAACUCAAGAGGGCACAACUUAUAGAAGAAUCCACUGUAGCAGAAACUGGACCUGAGGGAGACCCUUCCUUGCUGUAUCCAAUUAAAGAAUUUGACGAUAUGGAGCCAAAGUGUGAAGAACUUGAACUUCUGCAGGCACAGUUGUCCAACAUUAAUGCUGUGAGAUCAAGGCGUCAAUCAGAAAGAAAAGCCAGAAGAGCAAGAGCUGCAGAAAAGGCUGCUGCAAGUGUCAUGCCCGUGAAGUUGGGUCCUACCAGGCAGAAAAAACGUGCUGCUUUAUUUGAUAUAGGCUACUCUGAUCCCUUACGUCACUUAAGAGGGACUACCAGAACUUUUAAGCUUCUUACUGCUGCCGAAGAACAGGAGAUGUCGGUAGGAGUACAGGACCUAUUGAAACUGGAAAAGCUCCAUGGGGAGCUCGAGGAACGAUGUGAGGGUCAGCCCACCUUUGAACAGUGGGCUGUUGCAGCAGGAGUAGAUACGAAGACCCUGAGGAAGCGCUUAAACUAUGGUAUUCUUUGCAAAGAUAAAUUAAUUAAGAGCAACCUGAGGCUUGUUAUAUCAAUUGCAAAAAAAUAUCAGCAAGCAGGGAAUGGGAUGAGCCUCCAAGAUCUUGUUCAGGAAGGAUGUCGAGGCCUCAUAAGAAGUGCGGAAAAGUUUGAUGCUUCAAAAGGGUUCAGGUUUUCAACCUAUGCUCACUGGUGGAUUAAACAGGCAGUUCGGAAAUUUCUUUCUGACCAGUCCAGGACAAUUCGUUUACCUUAUCACAUGGUUGAUGCGACGUAUAGAGUGAAGGGUGCCAGAAGGCAGUUGUCUAGUGAAAAUGGAAGGCAUCCUGAUAAUGAAGAAGUAGCAAAGGCAGCGGGGUUAUCAAUGAAGAGGCUGAAUUCUGUAUUACUUGCUCCCAAAGCUCCAAGAUCUCUUGACCAGAAGAUUGGGGAUGAUAUGGAUCUUAAACCUUCGGAAAUUAUUUCAGAUCCCAAUGCAGACACAGCUGAAGACCUGCUAAUGAAGCAAUUCAUGAAGCAGGAUCUGGAGAAGCUGCUGGACAGUCUCAACCCAAGAGAGAAGCAGGUUAUUAAAUCAAGGUUUGGACUGGAUGAUGGUAGGGUGAAAACAUUGCAAGAGAUUGGGGAUUCAAUGGGAAUAAGCAGAGAGAGAACCAGGCAAAUAGAGUCGUCUGCAUUUCAAAAACUUAAGAACAAGGAGACAAUCAAGCAUUUGGAGCAGUAUUUGGUUUCUUAAGCCCUGCUAGCCUCCAUACUCCAGAAUUUUGUUAAGUGGAAGAACCAAUGUAGUUAAUAGUUUAUUUAUCUUCCUAUUGAAUGUUAGAAAUUGGCUGUGCAUGGGAACAAAUGAAAUUGAGUUAAAAUAUUUUUCCCAUUUUUGUGCAAAGGGCAGAAAAGCUUGCAAGCUCCUAUAACAAGAGGAUCAAUUCUUUCCGUAAUAAAUUUUCAGGUAUUUAUGUUU